UAUAUAAGCUGGUUUUUGGUCAAUAACAAUUGUUGGUAGUUUACGUUUUGGUACUCUUCAGGUAAUUAAUAUCAUCUUAAGUGUGUUUCUCUUUGUUUUAGGGAUUGUCAUUUCUUGGGUUAGGGAUUUUAAUAGAUUGAUUGUGGGCAUCAGGGUUUUAAAUCUCUGCUGUUACUUUGAUACUUUGCACUAGUUUUGUUUGUCAAAAAUCCUCAAAGAAAUCGAUCUUGGGGAAAGAUUUCAAAUCAAAAUGUAGUUAGAAACCAAAUUAUAUGGAAUUAAGCGGUUUACAGAAAAAACAAAGUUUCCCCCUUUUGAGUUCCCAAGUCUUGCUCUACGAAUGAUCGAUUUCUAUCAGAUUAGCUAAAUUGAUCAAAAAUUCCCAACAUAGAUUUCAUACUGUGAUUUUUCGCUUGUGAACAUUGAGUUAUAAUGUGAUUCUGCUGCUACACGUUUGUGGUUCUGUCGUCAUCUGUCCUCUCCUGACUAAGAAAAAAUUACCCGAUACAGUUUUUUCUUCGGCUGCGUCUGUUAGAUCCAGAGGCUUUCCGAUGCAUCAAAACAUUAAGGCUAAUUUUCCCCUGAAGCUUGUCAUUGCUAUCGAUUGAUUAGAAACUGUUAGCUUCCAUGGAUAUUCAUUAUCUAGGGAACUGCACGACCACCACAGCAGUCUGAAGACCAGACUUCGGUUCCUGUCUCCUUAGAACUCAAGGACACAGGUACGAACCUAUAGAACAGAUCCUGUCCAAGUAAGGUCGUGCCCAACCUUCUCACUUCUAUUAUAUAUCCUCGUAACUUCAUUUUUCUCAACGAAGUGGGACUAACAAUGAAACUUAUACUAUAAAAACCCACUCUUUCAUUCUCCCAUUACAAAACCCACUUAAAAAUCUCACCUUUUUCACCCCCACCACAAAUUGUGUUCAUUUCAGUCUACAAUCACUUGAAAACAGGAAUUUAAGACAUGGGUUUGAUUUAAAGAGCUAAGUUUUUGAAGAAAGAGGACUUCUUGAAUCAAUUACCAUUGUCUAUUUAAGAUAGACCUAGCUGGGGAAGCUGGAAGUAUGCUUAAACGUAUUACUGGGAUGGGUCGAUUGUCGGUUUAUAAUGUGAUACUGCUAUAUGUUUGUGGUUUUGUCAUUGGUGCUGUAUCUCUUGACCAAGAAAAGAUGGCAGAUAGCAAAGUUCUGAAUGUUGGGGAAGAGUUACUGCGUGAAACCUUACCUUUGCAAAUGGGUUCUCGCCUGUACCGAUUAAAUGGACUCAAAUCAUCUACUUGGUAUGAAGUGAAGAUAUCAUAUCCAGCUUCUAUUCCCGCUAGCUUUUCCAUUCAACUGAUAAGGGACAAAUCAGAUAUUGGGCACAACUGGAACAGAAGGUUACUCAACACAGAGAAACUGAUUUUUGAGGCUGAUAGUAACGACAUUCCUAACCACCAGAGUUUUGAUCAAAGUCAGAAAUAUGUUCUUGUAUCUGUGGAGCCUGCUGGAGUUGUUGCCAUUCCCGGCGUAAAGGAGAGGGAACUCGUCUUAUUUAAUAUAGUUUGUGACGAGCUCUUACUUGGGAUCCCACACAAAGCUAUCUGGGUUGGAGUGCUGGUGGUAAUUUGUUUAGGGGUUGCAUGCAUUGUUCCAUCUUUUCUUCCACCAUAUUUACUUGUGAGGAAACAAAAAUCAUAACUUUCAAUCAGAUAACUCAUGUUUCAAUUUCAAAGAACACUUCAUUUUGUCUGUAAUUUACGAUUGUUUUGUUCUGCUAUCAAUUUUCUCUGCACAUCACACAACAUUGGGCUUAGGCUUCUCUGAAGUGUCUUAGAUUAUUAGUCUGUUGACUCUCUUCAUAGGUUUCUUGGUACCUCAUUGUCAAUGGAUUUCCCGUAGCAGUUUCAUUGUAAUAUACUGAACUAUAACAAUGAAUUUAGAGUAAAAAACUCAUUUGU